AUGCUGGACCCUCGCGAGACCUUCUCGGGCGUCAUGGGCGCCUUCUGCUGCGUGUAUGCAGGGCUUCCAUUCGAGGUGGUAAAAGUGCGACUGCAGACACAGGGCUCUAAGAAUGCGUACACCGGAGUGAGCGACGCCUUCCGCCGUAUUGCCACCGAGGAAGGAUUGUUCGCGCUCUGGAAGGGCGCGGUGCCGGCGCUGUCCAGCUCUAUCAUCGAGAACUCGGUGCUUUUCAGUGCCAAUGGCGUAGCCAAGCGCGCCGUGCUGACAUUGCACGCCAAGCAACGUGCAGCGCACGAGGGCGAGUACCAGCUCACGACGUUGGACGAGGCCUUGAUGGGUGCCUUCUCUGGUUGCUUCUCCGCCACGGCUAUUACCGUGCCGGAAAACAUCAAAUGCAAGCUGCAAUUCCAGCGCGGCCACUUGGGCGAAGGACGUUAUCACGGCCCUUGGGACUGUUUGAUGAAGGUAGGCAAGGAGGAGGGCAUCACGGGUUUGUUCCGAGGGUACAGUGCAUUGUUGCUGCGUGACGUGCCGUUCAGCUUCUUCUUCUUCGGAUCGUACCAAGCGUUCACGUCUGGUUCAGCUAAAUUGCUAGGCAAUGAGUCCAAGAAUGACUUGAACCCUGCAGCAAUUCUUGCCAGCGGUGGCCUCGCUGGAGCGACCAGUUGGGGCAUCAUGUUUCCCGUGGACGUGUUGAAGUCACGUAUGCAGACAGCCAGCUCAACGGGUCCGCUCUCGUUGCGUGGGGCUUUCCGUGCAGUUUACUCGGAGUUUGGCAUCCACGGGUUCUACCGUGGUUGGUCGGCGGCGGUGCUGCGUGCGUUCCCGGCCAACGGUUCACUCUUCCUCGGCGUCGAGAUGACGCACCGCGUCUUCCGUUGGCUCGACGCGAGGCACGCUGUCUAA